UGGCUGGAUUGUGAUAGUGACAGAUGUCCAGAAAACUGCGAAAGGGGGCACUCCUCCUCCGGAGCGCACUGCACCUCAGAGAGAAGGAGCGAGGGGCGGAAUCUGCAGCUGUCACUCCAAAGGCUUACCUCCAUUAUCACAUCUAACAGCGGACUGGACAGGACGCUCAACUGAUUCUGCAACAAAAGAAACAGGAGUCACCAUGGGAGGAAAACUGAGCAAGAAGAAGAAAGGAUAUGAUGUGAGCGACCCUAAAGACAGAAAAGAAGAGACUCGGGUAAAUGGUGCCGCUGCAGAAGAGUCUGCUAAAGUGGAAGAUGGAGCUCCAUCUAUAGGAGCUGAGGGGACUGCUGGGAAAGAUGCUGUGGUAGAGAAAACUACAGUGUCAGCAGAAGCUGUGGUAACUGAGGCUGCUGUACCCCCAGAAGAACCAAAAGCUGCACAUACAGAGGAACAACCCCCCGGAGCUGAAGGGAAGGAUGCCCCGGAGACUAAAACAGAAGUAAAAGAAGAGGCAGCUGUUGCACCAGUGGAAACAACUCCACCUGUGCAGGAACCAGUUGUAGCAGCAGAGACAGAAGCACUUGUGAGAGAGGACAAUGAAGAGGCACCAGAGAAAGCAUCUCCAGUGGCUGACAUACCCCCAGAAGAGCCAAAAUCUGCUCCACCACAAGAACAAGCUGCUAUUGAGCAAACAUUAACAGCAGUGGAAGCAUCUCUAGUUGAAAAAGUAUCAGCUGCAGAGCAAGAGAAAGAAGCUCCUUUAGAAGAACCAGCAGCACCAACCCAGGCCGCUGCUUUGACAGAACAAGAGCCAGUUGUAGCUACAGAGAAAUCAGAACCUGAACCAGAGGAGAGAGUUGUAGCUGAAACUGCCCUAGCUGUGGAAACAGAGAAGCCACCAGUGACUGCAGAAGAAUCAUCUCCUCCACCAUUUGCAGAACCUGUGCAAGCUGAACCUGAAGAGCCCUUAGUGGAGGAGCCUCCUGUCGCUGUAGAGUCAGCGCCAGAGCCAGAUGCUUCAGUCAGCACAGAGGCAGCAUCUGAUGAUCAGCUAAUUGAGCCCCUAAAAGAGACUGCGACAGAGCCAGAGGCCAGUGUGGAAGAAACCGAAUCUGCUGCUGCUGCGCCGGAACCUGAACCAGAGGCUGAGCCAGCAGCAGAGCUAGCGGAGGAGUUAGCAUCCCAACAAGAGCAAACCGCACAGGCGGAACCUGAGCAAGACACAGUUCAAGCAACAGAGCCAGAGUCUGUGGGAGAACCCAUAUCAGAACCUGAACCAGACCAAACAGCAGAACCAGAACCAAAAGAGACAACAGAGCAAGAAACUGUGGCUGUGUCUGACACUGCUGAAUGUGAGACUGUUGAAGCUGAAUCAUCUGAGGCUUUGGCAGCUGCUGAAAAUCACCAUGCAGAAGAAGAAUCUGUAUCAGCAGAAGCCCCAGGCUCCAAUGAUGCAACUGAGUCAGAAGCUGCAGAACCUGUACCUGAGAUUAUCAUCUCACAGUCUGCAUCCACCAACAACAUGAUGGCUGAAUCUGAUAAUGGAGCUGAAGCCUCCUUGGAAGAGGUGCCCAACCCAGAGCCCGAGAUGGAAAACAAGAUGGAAAACGGAGAUUUAGGAAGCCCUUCCUCCGCUGAGAAUGAGGUAGAUGCAGUCAGGGCAGUGAACGGGGAGUGCAGCAAUAAUACUGAUGGCCUGGCCGCACAUGCAGAAGAAUGUGUGAAUGGAAACGAAAAUUUAGAGGAGAGGCCUGUCGAUGAGAAUGUUGAUUGUGAACUGAAAAAGGACAUUAACCUGUGCGGUGACGUCCAGGAAGUUCCUGACACAGUGGAGGGUCUCAGCACCGAGGUCACCCAGGCGGUCUAAAUGAAAGCCCUCUGUUACAUCACUGAGGGGUUGUUCGAUGGGGAAAGAAAUCAUAGACAGCUGGGCUUUUUGAAACCACUGCGCUUUCUUGAUGAGGAACUCAGGAAAAAAAAAGCUUUUUUUUUCCUUUUGGACUGCCAAAAAAAUUGAAAAUCAAACACUUGAUGCUGAGUGACAAACAUGUUGCCAGGAAGAUGAGAGUACAACAAAAAUACAUGAGCUGAUGUGGACGGACAGUGGAGCUGGACAGCAUGGCUAAAUAACAGGAAAUAUGGUAUCAAUGAAUGAAUGAAUAAAUCUGAGUGUUUGAUAAAUACUGCAAUCUGGGUAGCUCAAAAAGCGUUGGUUCGUAGCAUAUUCUUAAAUUUAAACUUUCAUAUAUCCUUUCUAUUGCUAUAUGAAGCGACAUUAAUGUUUCGGCCUUUUAUAAUAAUUGUAAUUGUAAGGACUGUUCAUUUUAAAAUGAUUGUUCAGAAUAGAAAAUAAAAAGAGAUUGUUGUAGUCCACAGUGA